AUGUCACCUCCACCACCUGAGCGAGUCACCCGUUCUACUCGGACCAAUUCCAAACAGCAGCCAGCCUCGCAAACGCCUUCAGGUGACUUGCCGGCUGCAAAACGACCACGACGUGUAGGGCGCAACACCGCUGGUGCCGAUAUUGCGCCAUCUGCCCUCAAUCAAGAUCUUGAUUAUCUUCCAACACCACGUACAACCCAGCAAUCAAAUCACUCAUUGUCUGUCAAUCAAUCAUUAGAAAUUGAUGAAAUUACCUUACAGAAUUACCAUCAAGCUAAGAAAGACUGGCCCCUUGCUCGCAUUCAGGCACAACUUGAUAAGCAAAAAAAAUCAAAUCAUCAACUGAGUGCAGCUGUGAUCUCGGAAGGACAGGCUAUUCUUGAAGACCUGGAUCAUACUCUACACAUGAUCGCAAUGGUAUCAGGUGUUGGUAUCAAAAAGCUGAAGCGUUCUUUGGGAUUGCUAGGUGGAACACACGGCGAAAACCCAUGGCACCGAUGGUUAAGCUUUGCAAUUGACGCCAACAAGGUUUCAAUGCCACCACGAGGAGACCCAAAUGCUUCGGAUCAACUCACCAGUCGUAACCAAGUGAACUCUCGAACUUAUCAAGCCCUCGAUGAUGACCAAUACGACGUGUUUACUUCCAGAGUUUUCUAUGCUCUUGGUGGUUAUCCAGAUUACUCAGCUAUCACCAUAACCGAAGACGAUGGAGUCUUUGGCGACGUUUCAACCCUGGUUCCUGAGAUUCCAAAACUUAGUGAAGAAGAAGAGCUUCGAUAUCGGCCCCUGUACGACAAGCUUGUGGAUAAGGACAAGGUUGAAAAGGAUCGAAAGUUGAACACGCCUGCGGCAUCAGCUUGCAAAGAGGAGAAGCGCUCCCUUCAAUCUAUCAAAAAGAUAGCAAUACAGCUUGCACGCGACCAUCAGCUAUUUGGUACGGAUUAUUAUCUAAUUGCUUGUAGUAGUAACGGCUCAGGGUCGGGAUGGUGUCGCGAGUACACUACACGCGACGAACUCUCUCAGUGGGUGGAUGCAAAGGCCGAACUGCAAACUGUGUUUCCCAUCUAUUGCCAACAUGGAUCAACCUUUGAAGAAAUAAAGGGCGUUGUGGCAGCAAACAAGUCGUCUCAGACCAAGAAAACUUCCAACAAUCAAUCUGACAUUGACAAGAAGAAUCUGCGUGCAAAGUUGAACGAUCUGCUCAAAUCUGUACUUGGAGAAGUCCCGCGUCAGGGCUUUCCCUGUGUGGCCAAUCCACUUGAAGCCAUCAAAGAACAAAAAAUAAAGGUUACAAUUGAACGCGAUGCAGAUUCGACGAUGACGGAAGAAGAAUUCAUGAAGGGUUUUAGCUUGAUGGACGCGAAGGCACGACGUCACUGGCUCAGUGACAUCGAUACAAAGAAGUUUAAGGUGAAAGCUGUCAAUAUUCAGCCAUCACCUGCAGCAACAACGGUGGAUGCAGAUGCAGCCGCUUCAAGUUGA